UCCAAAAGACCUCUGCUGCUUUUUUUUGAACGAGACAAGGAAGACAGGAGAGCAAGGCACGAAGCUGAGUGCGAAUUCAAACAAUGGAGAUGCUCCUCCUCCUCCUCCUCCUCCUCCUCCUCGCCUCCUCCCCGGCCGCCCUCGCCGACGUGCCCCCGUCCGACAAGCUCAUCUUCAUCCUGGCGGGCCAGUCCAACAUGGCCGGCCGCGGCGGAGUCGUCGCCAACCGCUGGGACGGCGUCGUCCCCUCCGAUUGCGCGCCCUCCCCCUCCGUCCUCCGCCUCUCCCCGGACCUCCGCUGGGAGCAGGCGCGCGAGCCGCUCCACCAGGGCAUCGACGCCUCCAACAACCACGCCGUCGGGGUGGGGCCCGGGAUGCCGUUCGCCAACGCGCUGCUCCGCUCCGGCCGCGCGGGGGCACCCGUCGUCGCCCUCGUGCCCUGCGCCGUCGGAGGCACGCGGAUGGCCGACUGGGCCAGGGGCACCGAUCUCUACGCCCAGAUGCUGCGCCGGGCGCGCGUCGCCCUCGAGACCGGCGGCCGGAUCGGGGCCCUGCUCUGGUACCAGGGGGAGAGCGACACCGUGAGGUGGUCCGACGCCAACGAGUACGGGCGCAGGAUGGGGAUGUUCGUCCGAGACAUCCGCGCAGAUCUCGGCAUCCCGCACCUCCUAGUCAUCCAGGUUGGGUUAGCAUCGGGCCUCGGACACUACACUCAGCUGGUAAGGGAAGCACAAAAAGGGAUCAAACUCCGGAACGUCAGAUUUGUGGAUGCGAUGGGGUUGCCAUUGCAAGACGGCCACCUGCAUCUUAGCACCCAAGCUCAAGUCCAGCUUGGCCAUAUGUUGGCCCAAUCCUAUUUGAAUUAUGGACAUGCACAUUCUCAAACCCCAAAACCAUGGUGGCUGCAAAUCAUGUUACUCUGUUGCUUCGUUUUUAUUUGAAGAGGGACAUGUACAUCAGCACACGUACCUGUUCCUAUAUCAAACAGGUGAGGUGAAAAAAGAAAUCCACAUAACUUUCUGCACGUAGAGGGCGAUACAUACAAGAUAUGGUAUACAGAAAUCAUACCACCUUGUAAACCCUUUGAUCUUAUUUAGUAGAUCCUGAGUGUUGUGCGGAACAAAAA